UUUUAAAAAACUACCACUGGACGAAAAAUCAACAAUUUCAUUCGAUUCCCUGAGGAAGAUCCAAUAAGGAUCGAAACGUUGGAAGAAGAAAACAUUUAGUUGUUUUUGACCCCGAAAAGACUGAAACGCCAAAACUAUUCGAAAGUCUUCAAAACAGUCGUCGUCAAUAUAGUAUAUAUGCCUAUGGAAUUGCUCGAUUAACCUAGUGAUGAGAGGAAUUUUCUCACCUGGCAUGUACCGCUAGACAAAACCGAUGUGUCAAAAUAGCACUUAUGUCACCUCAAAUUCUAUUCAAUGGUUCAACACAUCUCUGUAUUUAUGACGUGAAUUGCGUUUUUUUCGUUCUUCACAAUAAUCAUCAAAUCUAUUUAAACCCUGUCCCUGAUCAAUUACGUAUACAGUUUACUGCAACGAUGUCGCCGGUUGUUCGUCAGUGUUUCGCGGUGGUGCUUAUUCUGGCAUACUCAUCAGCCCUCAGAUUUUCGGAUAAAUAUCAUUCCGGGUUGUUACGGGCGGAUAAUAGCACGGACACAGGAACAGAACCGGACACAUUUUACGACAACAGUCCCCUUUGUGCUUCCGGUGGUCCACUAACCAUCUGCAUCGGGUGUCAAACGUACAAAGUGUGCACAGGUCAGCCUACCGACGACACUGAUUCCAAGGAAAGAUGUCCCAGCGACAAGCCGUACUGUGAAAGCACAAGUGGAACGUGUUCCGAAACCGCCGAUAACUCCAUCAAACAAUGCUCGUCGGGAUCGACGGACAACAGCACCACGCCUACGACCACAUUCAAAUGCACCGGAGAGGGCAAGUUUCCGGAUCCCUUCAGCUGCGAUAAGUUCUACUACUGCAACGAGCAGGGCGCCGAUGGAGUUCCGAAUGAUUGCCCGCCAAACUACAGCUACAAUGUCACCUCGCAACAGUGUACGCAAACGGCCGGAGCUUGCCAAUUGAUUGAUUGCUCUUCGGAGUACGUUUUCAACGAGUAUCCCACGGAUCCGCAGUACUUUUACUAUUGCAAAACUGGUGCAUCCGGGUCGCAGUCGGAGAUUUACCUGUUCUCGUGUGGAUCCGGCGCCAAGUUCGAUGUCUGCAGCGAGCAAUGUGUAUUCGAGUGUACCAGUGAGGGACUCUUCGCCAAAGCUUCCAAUCCGAACAAGUACUAUCAAUGUUACAGCGAAAAUGGAUCGCUGAAGUACAUCGAGAGGAGCUGCCCCGUGGAGAAUCAAGUGUUCGACGAGAUGGUGCAGUUUUGUGUAUAUCCUGUGACGAAGUGAAAUGAGUUUGAGGAUAAUUAAUAAAAUUGUUGCGAAGUAUUUGGUUGUCGUUCUAUAUU